AUGCAAAUUCAAUAUCCAAGCAUCUGGAUCUCCCAGGCAGUGUAUAAGAACCAGACGACCGGGGCUACACCUCGAAAUCCUUCCGAUCUGCCAUAUGAAUCUUCAUCCCAUCUGACACGAAAUUUUGUUGAACUUUUUCUCAGUCUCGACAUUCUCGUAAACUCCUACUCAACGUCUACUCGAAAGGAGCAAUCGAAUCAAUCAAGAGAAACAACAUCGUCCGAAAAUCUAACAACCUUCAACAUGGCACUCUCAGCCGCCGAACACCAAGCUAGAAGACGUCGCUCGACUGCUGCCCCAAGACGUCGCAUAGCCUCAGACCCAUCCAUUACACCCAUUCCAAGACGCCCGAGGCUCCUCAGUAACCUCCCAAGUCAUCGACGAACGUCUACACCACCAAAACGAAGCCAGACAUCCAGCCCAACCCAGGCAUCUGUAACCGGAUCUAGUCCGCCUACGCCAAUCGUCGCCUUCUCCGCCCUUUCGAGAUCAACUCUCCCCAGGCCAUACAAUGACUUUUCCCACUUCUUCCAGGACAUGUGCCCUGCCCUCCGAGACCGGAUUCUCGACCAAGUCGACUGGGACUCCUUACAUGGAGGGCCAUACUGGCGCACCCAGGGCUACCAGUCGUGGUACGCAUCCGACUCCUGCAAGACGGCCUUCAUCAUCCACGCUGAAGGAAAGUUCCCCAAGAUCUGCGCGUGGCCGGAGAAGGAAGAAAGUAAGGGUAAAGGAGACGGCAGGAGGAACUCUACAACAAGGGAUAAGUCUCAGGAGGCUGGUGGUACUGCAGCUUCACCCAAGGGGUACGGUUGCUAUCGCUGCCACACGAUCAAGCCUGAGGCCGCCUUUGAGAAGCUGCCCGACUACUUUGUCGUGUCGUCUGAAGGUUGUAUCGUCGGGCGGUACGCCGGCAAAGCCGAUGGUGACAAGGAGCAGUCGAGGCUUCCGACACUGCGGAAUGGGGAAGGUCUCUUACGCCGCUUCUGUAUCGAAUGCGGUGUUAGAGACGGUCUGUAUGAGAAGAGGAAGCUCAUCACGUCGCUGACGGAAGAGAGGUGGUCGGUCUGUGACUGUCGGCGUCUGCACUGGGUGCCGUCGAAUGAGUCGUACAUUGAGUGUGAGCACUGUCUCGUGAAGAGUGCUUUCAGACCUCCGGUGUGA